ACGGCGAAUGUAUCAAUUUUUUCUCAUGUGUUUUCAACACACAUUGUAGCUUUCUGCAUUGGAGAUCGAGCCCCUAAGCAACUCAUUACAGGGGACGGCCUGUGAUGCAGCAGUGUGUGUGUGACUCAACCUACGCUUUUAUCUGACUACAUUCACAAUAAAAUUAAAAAAAGAAACCUCAAUCUGCCAUGAUGAACGUGACAAAUGUCGACUGCAGCAAUCCAUCUGUAGAUUACCAGUACUACUUUUUCCCAGCGGUCUACAGCCUGGCUUUAGUUGUAGGUCUGCCUGGAAAUCUGAUUGCCCUCUUCAUCUUCGCCUUCAAGAUCACACCUCGUACAGCCUUCAGCGUGUACAUCAGCAAUCUGGCUCUGACAGAUAUCGUCAUCCUCUGCACUCUACCCUUCAGGAUCCACUACCACAUCAACGGAAACAACUGGGUGUUCGGAGACAUCGCCUGCCGUAUCACAGGGAUUCUGUUCUUCGCCAACAUCUACAUGAACAUCUGUUUCAUGACUUGUAUCUGUGUGGAUCGCUACAUGGCCACUGUGCGCCCACACAGCUAUCUGAGGCUGCAGAGCUGCUGGUGCUCUCUGGCUGUGAGCGUGGUGCUCUGGUGUGUCGCUGGAGUGGCUAUGGUGGUGUUCGUCCUCAUGGGCCCUCUGGAGACCGAUGGAGACGAAUCUGGAAGCCGCAGCUGUUUUGAGAACUUCGCCAAGCACGAGUGGGCCACGCGUUUGGGGGCGUACAGCGUGCUGUGCCUGAUCUUCGGCUCCCUGCUGCCCUCUAUGAUCAUCCUGGUGUGUUACCCACUGGCUGCGAGGCGCAUUUCCAUGAUAAAGAGUAAAACAGCCCAAAGAGCCGUGAGGGUCAUUUACACCAUCCUGGGUAUCACGCUGCUCUGCUUCCUGCCCAACCACCUGGUGUACCUGCUGCACCUCCUUCGACGCAUGGAAAUCAUCAAGAGCUGCUCCGCCUCUGAUGCCAUCUACCACGCCAGACGGGUCACCAUGGCCCUCGUCAUCCUGAACACAUGCCUGGACCCUUUGCUUUACUUCGUCACCACCAGCCACUGCAGAUGGAAGGGCUUAAAGAGGACAUGGCUGUGUGGACAAAUCAGGAGGAGUAGGGGUGUUUAUACCAUUGCAACGAUCUAAGUUAACUGAGAGGGUAACUAUUAAUGUCUUAUGUAAAUAGAACUCUGUAUA